UUGAAAAAGCAAUGGGUAAAUUAGCAUGGUUCAAAUAUUACAAUUCCAUUGGUGAAACUCACUCUAAGAAUCGGUGCAAUGGAUAUUCCAACAUAUACUAUCUUCCACCAAGAGAAUUAAACUCGCCAAAUAUUGAAAACAAACAAAAUAGCAGUGAGCCGGCACCCAAGCUUUUGAAAUUGUUGACACCUCCGUCUGAUUCGAUGAAGCAAAAAUCGCCAACCGAUCCAAUCCAAUUAAAUGACAGUACUACCAACGGUACUAAAGAACUUUUAGCCGAUAACAUUAACAAAAAUGUUCCAACAACCUCCACUCGAAGUUCAACCAUAACGAUUAACUAUUGUCAUAAAAAGUAUAAUGAAGCUACAGUACCCAAGCUAUCAAAAUGUAUUACUCCUUCCUCAGGGUCGACGAAAUUAAAACCAUUAACUGUUAAAAUUCCGCUAAAAAACACCGUCAUUGUUGAAAACUUAUCGGAUAAUACCAACAACGACUGUAAACCAGCCACUUCCACUCAAAGCACUUUGUCUCCAAAAAAUAAUCUAAUCCCGCAGCAGGGUAUACCUGUACCACCAUCAAAUGUUUCCGAUUCAACGAAUAUCCUUUAUAACAAAAUAACCGAUAUUGAAAAAGUCAUUACGGGUAUGAAUUCAAGAGUUACUAGGUCAUUGAUUAAUCAAGAUAAAAUUAUCGGUUUAUUAGAAAAACAAAACCGAAAAAUAUUAGCAGAAAAAUUGGUAGAUAAGGUGACGUCAGAAUUUGAAAAUCAUUUUACUUCGAAGUUUCCACUAAGAACAUUGGACGAUGUAGUUGAAUUGGAAAAGUUAUUGAUUGAAAGACAAUACUAUAAGUUUUUAAAAACUAAACUUUUAUCAUAUUCUGGUGCCGAUUCAAAAUCUGUGAUAUUAAAUAUCUUGACAAAAUUGUUCACAAGGAAUGUAGCAGCCAAAAUGACGUUCACUGCAACUUCAUACAUAAAACAUCCUACACUGGAAGCCAUUAAUAGAAUCAAUCUUCAAAACAAAAAAAUAUACAAAGUCAUUUUAGACGUUGUAAUGCAGACAUUAAAAUGUGACGAAGAGCAGAUUAAAACAUCGAUUCGUUUCUGGUUAAGACACGCCAAAGAAAGAUAUGAAGAAUCAGAGCAAACCAAAAAUCGAUUGCAGUUGCAAUGAAUUUAUGAAAAAUACUCAUAACAUGUCAAAGGACAAAGAUAUUGUGUCAUACCUAUCAAUCAAACAUCAGAACUUAUAAUUUCUAACUCAAUAAUGGUGGAGGUUUUUUUCUUUUUAAAAUUGAAUUAUUAUUUUAAAUUUAACUAUACGAAUAAUGUAUCAAACUAUUAAAACUAAUUUGGGAUAUAUAUUAAAUAGAACAUUUCACUGGGUAGUAUUGAUUUGUGUAGCAAAAAAACAUAAUUGUCAUUGAUCAAAACGUAUAAUGGUAACAUUAUUCAAUUUAUUUUAUUUUUUAUAAUAAUAUACAUGACUAAAACG